CCAGGUUUCCUGUCUAUUCUACCUUGCAAAAAGAAAAAUUAGAUGGGUGCAACUAGAGAUGUUGAGCAACAUGGCUAGGUUAAGUCAUUCCUUGGAACUAGGCCUGGCAAUAGCCAAUAAAAUUGUUGAAUGGCUUGAGUUUAACCCCCAGUUUAAAGAGCAGACAAGCUUGUGUUGUUGUUUGUUUAGUUCCCAGGAAAGGGUGACCAGUUUACACAAACACAGCUCUAAUUUCUUUGUUGGAAAACACACAGGGGAGGCAAAAGAGAUAAAUAAUACAACAUCCCUGGAAGUCUGCUUCCCUGCUUUCGAACAUAUUGUCCCUUAGCCUUGUUUACAGGAGUCCCACCAGGGAGACAACUGCACAUCCCUCCUUCCAUGUGACAGUGUGUCAGUCUCUCGGAAACACGACCCUCUUCUCAAAUUACUCUGCCAGCCAAACACAUGUGACUCUCAGAUAAAUUAUAAAUAGAUAGGAGGCAAGCAAACGACAGAAAACCCAGUGACUUAGUUUGAAAGUCAACCCAGCAAGGCUCAGUUCUAAAACUUGAGCUUGUCUCUCCGAAGAGAACCCUAAGCUGAGCAAUUCCAGAAUCGAAGGAUAUAAGUGCUGAACUGGACAAUGGAUUAUCAGUCGAGCAUCUUCCAGGACAAUAAUCCUAUGGAGAAUCUGGAAAAACAGCUGAUCUGCCCUAUUUGCCUAGAGAUGUUCUCCAAGCCGGUGGUGAUCCUACCUUGCCAGCAUAACCUCUGUAGGAAAUGUGCUAAUGACGUUUUUCAGGCUGCAAAUCCAUACUGGCAAACAAGCCGAGGAACCACCAUAUCAGGAGGACGGUUCCGUUGUCCCUCUUGCCGACAUGAAGUCAUCCUGGACCGCCACGGAGUCUAUGGUCUCCAGAGGAAUUUGCUAGUAGAGAAUAUCAUUGAUAUCUAUAAACAGGAAUAUUCAAGCCGUCCUCUCAAGAAAGGAAACCACCCAAUGUGCAAGGAACACGAAGAUGAAAAGAUCAACAUCUAUUGCUUGACCUGUGAGGUUCCUACCUGCUCUAUGUGCAAAGUCUUUGGAGCCCACAAAGAUUGUGAAGUGGCACCUCUUCAAAGCGUCUUUCAGGGACAGAAGACUGAGCUAACCAACUGCAUCUCCAUGUUGGUAGCAGGGAAUGACAGGGUGCAGACAAUCAUCAGCCAGCUGGAGGACUUGUGCAAAACGACAGAGGAGAACAGUCGGUUGGCUAAGCAGUCCUUGUGUGAGAAGUUUGAAGCUCUCAUUGCUGUCAUUGAGGAGAAGAGGACGGACCUUCUGCAGCGCAUCUCCAAGGAGCAGGAAGAGAAGACUGGAUUCAUGCAGAACCUCAUCCAACGGUAUAAAGAUCAACUGGAGAAGUCCAGCAAGCUGGUGGAGAGUGCCAUUCAGUCUAUGGAGGAAGAAGGAGGAGCCGCUUUUCUUAUGACUGCCAAGCAACUUAUUAAAACAAUCCUGGAUGCAUCAAAAGGUGGCCAGUUGGAGAAGGUGGAGACAGGCUUUGAAAACAUGGACUACUUCACUGUAGAUUUGGAAAGUAUCACAGAAGCCUUGAGAAGCAUUGACUUCGAGGCAGACGAAGAUGAUGAAGAACUGAAUGAGGAAGAUGAAACAGAAGAGGAACAGCCAGUUGGGCAAAUAGAUGGUGCACAGUAACCAGGAAAAAACCCCAUGAAAUUCCAAGGAGAAAGCAAGCAGAAUAACUGGCUCCAUAGGAUUUGGACAGGGAGAAGGAAGAGGAGGGAUGGGUGGGAGGGAACGCAAACUGGAUGCCCACCAAGUUAACAGGGCAAAAAGCUGAUGAAGGAUCGUUUGGGAUGUAGAAUUCGUGGCAAUGCAGGAAGGCAAAAAAAGGCACAGAGACACUUUAUACAUGGGUGCAACAUGGAACUUUUCAUACAUGAGAUUUUUUUUUUUGUACAUAAUUGUUCAGGACACUUGAUUUUUUGAGGUGGGGGGGAGAUAAGGAAAAUAUAAGAUUGUGUUGUUAGCUCCACAUCAGAGCACAUCCUUCCACCAACUGAAGGCAGUGGAUUCUUGAGAAUUAAGUUAAAAUGUUUCCAUGAGCAGACAGGAGUUGAUCAAGCAAAAAUCAAUUUUGCUCUGCUUUUUAAUCUAUGAAAAAUACUGUCUGCCCCUAGAAGCAAAUGUAAAUGACGUUUGUUGAUUUUUCUUCUUUGUUGUACAUAGUUACAUAAUAAAAUAAAUUCCCAUUUUAUCUGGA